AUGAGAGACCUUCUUCUCCGACACUACCCUAACACUGAACGAAUCCAGGUUGAACAAAUGGAGAGAUGGGUCUACGAUUCAAGAUCCACAAUAAUGAGAUACAAUACGAUGAACAAAUUUGGUGUUGUUCCUUAUGAUUUUGGCUUUGAAGGCAUGCUCCCAAAUUUGGUUGAUGACUUCAUAAGCCCUAUAUCUCAAGGUUAA